AUGAGACACAAUCAGAUCUGUUGUGAGACACCGCCAACAGUCACUGUUCAUGUAAAAUCAGGAUCAAGUAGAUCUCAUCAGCCAAAAAAAGCCAUUAAUCUUAAGCGUCCUAUUUUUAAAGAUAGUUGGCAAACAUCUGAAAAAAAUGCACAUAAUAGUAACAAGUCUAAACGUUCCAAAGGACCAUGUCUAGUUAUACAGCGUCAAGAAAUGACUGCUUUCUUUAAAUUAUUUGAUGAUGACUUAAUUCAAGAUUUCUUAUGGAUGGAUUGCUGCUGUAAAAUUGCAGAUAAGUAUCUUCUGGCUAUGACAUUUGUUUACUUCAAGAGGGCUAAGUUUAGUAUAAGUGAGCAUACCAGAAUAAAUUUCUUUAUUGCUCUGUAUCUUGCUAAUACAGUUGAAGAAGAUGAAGAAGAAUCAAAGUAUGAAAUUUUUCCAUGGGCUUUGGGAAAAAACUGGAGGAAAUUGUUUCCUAAUUUCUUAAAGUUAAGGGAUCAACUUUGGGAUAGGAUUGACUAUAGGGCCAUUGUAAGCAGACGGUGCUGUGAGGAGGUUAUGGCUAUUGCUCCAACGCAUUAUAUAUGGCAGCGAGAACGGUCCAUGCAUCACAGUGGGGCUGUUAGAAACUACAACAGAGAUGAAGUUCAGCUGCCCCGAGGACCUAGUGCCACACCAGUAGAUUGUUCACUUUGUGGUAAAAAGGGAAGAUUUGUAGGACUGGGAUUGUCUUCAUCAUCCUCUUCAUCCAGUGGCACAUUAGAAAUGAUGGAGAAAUACUCAUCUCAGGAAUCACACAACUCAUUCUUAGUGGACUUACCACUUGAACCACCUCAAUCUUACUGUUAUUCCCAAGCCACUGAUAACGUAUCAAAAAAGGGAAGGAAAACGAGUUGCAUGAAGCAAGAUAAAUCUAUGGAGUGGUUUACAGGAAAUGAAGAAUGAAAUGGCUCAACUAAAACAACUUGGAAUCAUUAAAUACAA